CUGAGUUCAAACGCUCCUUGGGGUUGAUAUGAUAAUUUGAUUGUUUUCAUUGCUCCCUCGAGCAACACCAAAUCAGAUACCUCGUUCGGUUAUUUUUAGUCCCAACCAUGUCCCAGUAGCCAGUUGUGGGUUGGGAUUGUGCUUCUUCCUGACCAUCGCCUAGGCCCAGAGUCGUUACUUGCCUGGGGUGAAAGAGCCACCAGUUAAAGCUGGCGAAGCAGAGGUCCCACCAAGCGAGCACAGGGUUGUUGGGGGGGAGGGGGAGGAGAGGUUGUGUCCUCGCCGCUCAAUGAUUAAUAUCCCCCUGCUCCUUUUUAAAUCUUGUUAAUUUGCCCCCAAUGGCGAGAAGGAAACAGAAGGAUGGCUGUAUUCGUAUUCCAAUAUUUCCAUUGAUUAAUUUCACCGCGUUCUUUUCUAUAGCAAUUAUAUUAUUUCCUGCGUUCUGAUCCCCCCGAAGUUACUAACGGCGGCUGCAGACAAAUGGGGAGAAACUGGAGCCCGAUUGUCGAUCCGAUCAACAAGACUCCCAAGCUUUUCACAUUGGCAAAAAAGCUUGACCAUAAGGUCCAUAACCACGCCCGCCCCUGGCAAACCUUUGUCUGACCGGAGAACUGCCCCAUCGCCAGGUUGCGCAGCUGCGUCACAAAUAACCUCUGUAAUAAUAAGAAUAAUUGCACGCAACACUAGUUCUGCUUCGUCUUUGAAUGUUGGCAUAUACGCUGAUGCAGGAAGACGAAAAAGGACAGAGAAGCAGAAGCAAACAAAGAAUAUUGAUAUUCCGUUUAAAGUAACAAUAAAUAAGAAUUCUAGACGCUGAGAUAGAAGUAAUGAUAGAACACAACAGCUGCAAUGAAAAGCAGUGGCGAUAUAAACAUAACAGGAGUGGCAGAUAGCUUUUGUGAGAGUCUCCUCUCGACCAGCCCAGGUAGGCCUAAAUAACUAACGCCCCCAAAUCUGCGCUACAGCCCGCAAACGCGCUGAUACAAGCCCGAGGCCACACUCCAUCACGACUGCCACCACCACCACCACCACCACCACCACCCCCGUCUCCUCCUCCUCCUUCUCCCACCAUAACCACCGCUGCUCUUCCUCUCUGCAAUCCACGGAGCAGCUGGUCUUAUGAGAUGCCGUCCGUUCCUUCUGACUAGCCCAUCCUGCAGGGUCGCUCCGAAUGCUCCGUUUACCCGGGACCAUGACCGUUACCCAUAUCGACUACUCUCCCGUACUCUUCCUACACCUGACAAGUUGUCGAGUUGCUGCAGCACCGCUGCUACAAUACCCGGGCCUGUCUGCCAGGGCCAGCAGCGCGGCAUUCCCCGUAUCUAGCUCGCGAGAGUCUUGCUCCCUCCAGCCCUCCUCCAGCGUCGUAAGAAUUGACGACGCCCUCGUACAGCCUCCCGCCUGGUACCGUACCGCGCAUCCCGCAGCGUGGCGCGAGUGAACUGCCUGGACAGGCCCUCAUUACAACCAACAUCGAGCCUCCCUUUGCGCUCACCUUCUCCUUCCCACGAAAUUUUUUUUUUUUCGAACACCCAUGCGAGCCGUUGUGUGUAUGGGGACGAUAUACAGGUGAUUUGCCAUGUCGUUUGAUCCCUUUCCCAGGCCCUCCACUCCUUCGUCUGCUCGGAACCGGUCCAUAAUAUCCAAGUUUACAGAUCGCUUUAGCAACCGGAUUAAGACUAUUUCUGAAUUCUAUAUACAGUUGGAUGAGCCAUACAAGGCGUACUUUUCUGGCGACUUGGUGAAAGGCUGCGUGGUCUUGAAGGUGGUGAAACCGGUCCGCAUAACACACCUAGUUCUCUGCUUGCAUGGAUAUGUGAAGGUCUAUAAAACUGCGGUUGCGCCUGGAGAUGCCUUGGAGGAAUCUGGCUUUCUGGGUCCAGGACGUGGUAAAAGGUACGGUGAAUACUUGGGAAAUGGAUUUGCUUCGCUUUUCGAAGACGAAAUUGUCCUCUGUGGAGAUGGUCGCCUCGUUGAGGGAAUAUACAAAUUCAAGUUUGAAAUGGCAUUUCCGGCUUAUCGAUUGCCCAGCAGCAUUACGUUUGAGCGUGGAACCAUAUCCUAUAUGCUAACAUCUACUCUAACGCGACCUACCACUAUAUCACCUACCAUGUCCUGCGACAAACGGAUUAUGCUUCUGGAAACCAUCGACGUUGCCCCGCUGCCCGUUCCUAAACCCCGUAUCAUCUCUCUUGAACCGAUCAUAAGAAGAUCCAAGGCGCGAUCCAAGACGAAAUCAGCAUCUCGUGAACAGAUUGCGCAAAACUCAACUCUUGCUGAACCAGCUCCUAACGGAAGUGAGAAUAGACCACCGCUCAGCCCCGUACCUAGCGAGCAGAGCAAUUCGAGCUGCAUGAGCAACAGCACCCAAAGUUUUCAAGUGAUCAGCGAGCCAAAUUCCGCGAAAAGUCCGAGCGUCGCGAACGAUGACUCGCUGAGCACGAAUACUUCCUCCAUAGAAAGGACAAUUAAAGCUACCACAGAGUUGUCGCGACCUGGUGGCGUUCCGGGCGACGUCCUUCCAGUGAAGAUCACAAUACAGCACACGAAACCUAUCCGAAGCCCAAAUGGGAUUAUUAUCACUCUCUAUCGGCAAGGGAGGAUAGACCUCCACCCGGCAAUUCCAGUGGGACAUACCGAUAAAGGCAAACCGGUAUUCGAGGACUAUUACCCAAAGUCUCGUACCGGGUUGGGUGGACUCUCUUUCGGGGCCACAAGGUCCAGUAGCGUCUUCCGAAAGGAUCUGUCCCAAAUUUUUGCCCCGUUGAUUGUGGACCCCGCCACCCUGACGGCGACCGUAAAGACAUCUAUCAGGAUCCCAGAGGAUACUUUUCCGACUAUCACACAUGUGCCCGGUGGUAUGAUAAGUUUCCGAUAUUAUCUCGAGGUGGUAAUGGAUUUGCGCGGGAAAUUGGCUGGCCAAGACCGUUUUAUUCCGCGCUUAAAUAUGAUGACGGGCUCAAGCAAUUACAACUAUAGUCCUAAUGGCCAAAUACUAACUCUAUCGGAAAAAGGGCGUAACCCGAUUACGUCUCCUUGGGCAAAUAACAUCGUUGACACUGACCAAGUGCGACGAGAGAAAAGUGUGGUUGCCUGCAUUUUUGAAGUUGUGAUAGGCUCGAAGGAUUCCGGUAAACGCCAACCUCAAACAUCGGAUGCGAAUCCCACAGGGGACAGUCAUCCGGUUACCCCUCAAGCUGUCCAACCUAACGACGCAGCUGAAUACGACCAGCAACAGUCUUACGCACACCAAUAUGAUUCCCACGAUUAUACUUAUGAAAACGGUUACGAAAAUGAUGAAGUCAGCGGUUGGCGAGGCCGUCCUCCAGACAGGCAAUCACCAUACCCUCCCCGAUUUAUCCCUCCUGCGCUUCCUGAAGAAGCGGUUGAUGAAAAGACCCGACUACGAAGAGCCGAGGAAUCACUUCUCCCUAGCAGUCCAUCACAAGACGGUGUAGCGGAAAGCGGUCCGUCAACGGCAACCCCGGCAUUUGCUCCCUCAGCCCCUAUUUUAUCUGAAGUAGAUAGUCCUUUCGGAAACCCUCCCAGUCGCUUUACUUCGCAAUUCCCCAGCCGUGACUCUCCAGCCUCCGCUCCCUCCAUCGAUACAAUAACCUUUGCUCCUCGGUCCAAUGUAGGUAAUAUGUCACCUUCUCCGCCUACAUCACCUAGUAGUAGCGACCCCGCGAGAACACGGAUUGGCCCGCUGGAUGAUAAGCAAGAGCUUGAGAGGCAGCGACUUCUCGCCCAGGCAAGUUCGCCGGAACUUGAACAGAGUCACUCCAUGGACGCAUCUAGUCCUCCAAUUGUCUCAGAAUGUCGACAUGUGCCGUCGGCGCCAAUACUUACCGAGGAGGAUUUGGCUCGAUCACUGACAACUAUAGAACUACUCCCUAGGUAUCAACGAUAACAUCUCUUUUACACCAUCUUCUAUCCACAGCGCAACCACAGACAUUUCCUUCAUACUCUACAUGUUCCCUAGCAUCAUUUAUGCUACUAGCGUUUUGCGGUCUAAUAUUCCCGGCCGGCCGCGAAACGGGCUAUUUCAUACGAUUAUACACAUACUACUUAUGAUCCGGCUACGUUUAGCGAAUUGCAUUUCGUCCAUUUUUGCUCCUGGUAUAUAGCGGUGCUUGGGUGACCGGGAAAGGGGUUUUAUUAGGUCAUUUUUGCUUUCCAUUUCCAUCUAUCUAGUUUCCUAUUCUAUCUAUACGCUUCCUAACUCUGAUGACCAUGCUGUUUCUUAACCCGUCCUGCCUGGCGGCUUCGUCCGUCGUUUUUAAGGACUUUAUUCAAAGAGUACCUUUUCUAGUAUUUGAUACUAGAUAUAUCCUGUCUCGAUUAACUUUAAGCAUUCUCUUUGGAAAUGUGCUUUCCUGGUGUUUGGGGGGAUGGCAGCAGAAAGAAUACGGAGUUGGGUGGCUACAAAAUGGUGGAGGCGCGAGAUAUUGUUUGUGUAUUGCUCUACUUCUCGCUACCUCUUGUGUUCUUUCUCAUCUAUAUUCAGCUUUGGCCUUUAUUACCUCCCGGAGUCCUGCAUGAGAUACCGAAAUACCACCUCGGGUCGCUCUGUGGGAUAACAGAGUAGAAGCUACAGUGACCUAUUAUCAUUAUAAAAAUAAUUGUGCUAUCCCACCCAUGGACUUGGGAUUUUGAAAUUGCCUCGAGGAACCCGUCCAAUAAAUUUGUUGUGUUUCUUCGCCUGAUCGCAAUUCUGAUAUCUCCCUUCGGGAUCUAUAGGAGGCAUCUACAAUAAUACUAUUCACGGGCCAUACUCUAUAGAAGUUGUAACAUAUUCGUCGGGAUGACAACUGGAUGCGAUAUACGGAAUAUAUGACCCAUAAAUCUCGGGGGGGAAUCGUGGUCUGGAAUCUAAAGGAAGAUAUAACACACGACCACUGGGUGAAAAAUCCAUGCCAAACUUCAUAUCCUGUCUAAUCUACUGGCGAUCCACGCUGCAAACGUUGCGAAUAAAUGUAUCUCGCCGUGCCUUUUGCAGAAUGAUAGAGGGGGCGAGAUAGCGAUCUUUCGCAGUCGUACCCGUGCAUGCAGCAUUUUCGCGAGAUAUACGGGCCAGAGGUACGGCGGUUGUCUCGCGUCCUCUGGAAGCGGAGUACUUCCUUGCAUCGAGCAAGCAUAGUACAUGCAGUAAUCAAUGCCAAAGCAGUCGCAAAGUUCAUGGCUCGCCGUUCGGCGAACGCAGCCUAGCCAGAGACCUACCAAUUGCGUCGUGGUUGGCAGCAGGUCGAGAGGGGGUAAAGACUUGUGUGCAAACAACGCGGCGGGUAAGGGAGAUGAUGUGUCGUCAUUGGAUGCGAUAUCUUGGUUUGAUGAACUUGAAAACUUGGUUCUCUUUUUGGGCCUUGAAGUGUCAGUACAGGAGGACUUCACAACGUAGUCUUUAUAGUGUCACGCUGGUCAGCUUUGUUCACAGUCGACAUUAUGCUUGCCAUCUAGGAUCGGGUUAUAUCUCGAGGCCGAAACCACUGCAACACGGCUUCCACCGUAAGCUCUACCGCAGACAAAGGUCGUCGAGGUUUUAACUGUCGUUGGAAAAUUUCGUCUGGUGCAGCACGUGUUCGAAUUCGCACGCAUUCUAUUUCGAUAUUAAACCUGGUAUACUCGGGUUCCUCCUGUUUAGUUUUGGUCUUUGGACCUCGUCGUGUGCCACCACUUUCCCAGCUUGUAAAAGAGACCGGGAUUGGAUUUGGCUGUAGUUUGACCGGCAAGCCAAGGUAGAAUGUUUCAAGAGAAUUCAAAACAUCUUCAACCUUUAGAGUUGGAACGGAUGUAUCGCGCUUGAUUUGCGAAGUAUCCCAUUGAUAGAUAAAUGAGACAUCAGGCUGAAUAUCGGGAGGAGCAGCGACAUGAACAACAUUCUUCCUAGACGCAAUCUCAUUCCUAUCCUCUUCACGAAGCCAGGAGUCAAAGCUCUGGUGAGGAUAGUCCGCAUCUAGGGCAAUAUUGUCGCCAGGGAGCACCAGUGGUGAAGGAAAUGUUGUCAUAUCCGCGACAUUCUCCUUACUCCAGUUUCUCUCUCUCGUCUGGUAGGUAAGUCUAGAGCCGUCCUUGAGGUUCUUUCGGUUGUCAAAAUGCAAAUUUCCGCUCUUCAAUGUUAGGGUCUGUGAUAGCCUACUUCAUCAGCACGGCUAGAAGGAAGUAGCUAAAGCUAGCUAUGGGUGCAUUGUGUCGAAGAGAGAAAUCUCUCUACAUGCGACAUUCAAUAUAUAGCACAACUUAUCGGCUGUUGACAAUUGUCCGUUACGGUUGCCUCAUCAUCGAUAGGCAGGGAACCUCUUAACUUUAUUUGGACUAGUUUUAACUCUAAAAGUAACCUUAUUCCUCCAGAUCUGUCAGGAAAUAUCAACAUUGUCAAUAUAUAGCUUUGUACAGAUAACUUAAAGCCCCGGAAUUUUGAGAGAAAGAUGAAAUAGAGGGAGGGAUGGUCGAUUUCUUUAAGCUUGUAUACUCCUCAGCAUGCUGUUGUGCUUUUACCCAUUCCACAGCCUCAACAGUAGCUUAUGAUGAUGUUAUUUGGAUCAAGCUGAAAAGAAACGAGCACCCGUUUAACAAAGAGCUGAAAACGAGAUGUCUGAACAAAAAGAGAGUGUAGUGAACUAGAGCCAUGAUGCAUUGAAAGGUAAUUUGCGGCUUCAGCUUUAAACGUGAGUCUAGUGCAGAAAGAACGAUUUCCACAUGUCCUAAAACUCUAGAUUCACAACAGAGUACGGAGUACCUGGUAUGGCUUAAGGAUUAGAAAUCAGCUAAUGUGUGAUGUGAUUCAGCCAGAUGGUUCGAUCUGAGGGUCAGCUAUAAUAAUAAUAAUAGGUAGCUAGAGUUGGUAUGCAACUUGUCUCAGUUAAUUGGCCUAAGUCCUCACUGUUUUCGAGCGGGGUUUGGCGGAGCUGGAUGCUGUUUUGAACCUCCACGAAAAGCUUCAAACUAGAGGCCCUUGCGGCUUUCGCAGAGGUCUCAGAGCGGUCCUCCCGCAAGCACAUACCGGCAUCAUUUUGAGUCGUAGGAUAACACUGGCAAUAUGACAUCCGAAAAAAAAAAAAAAAAAAAAAAA